AUAGCAAUACACUGUAGCAUCCCAGUCAGUGCUCAUUGCCAAGCGUUCCCAGCAUGUGUGGCGGCUCGAGUGCUGUGUGUACUGCGAGCUAAAUGAAAUUUGAUGAUUUUUUACGUGAACACCGCUACCGUCAAUAUUUUGAAUGGAGAUUCAUGUCCGAUGAAAAUAUGAUUUUGGUGGAACGAUUACGGCAAAAGUUCAACAUCAGCAAUGAACUGUAUCGUGCAGUUUUAGCGGAAUUUUUCUGCACGGCAUUCUUAUUGUUUGCUGGUGGUUGUGUCAACGCCCAGUACAUCCUGUCCCAAAGGCGAACUAAUGAGUAUGUAUGUGUUGCUGUAGGAUGGGGUUUGGUGCUAUUCAUAGCCAUAACAAUGGGCUUUCACAUUUCAGGAGCUGACUUAAAUCCAGCCGUGUCGUUCUUUAAACUGUCGAUGGGAAGAUACAAUGUUUUGAAAUUUGUAUUGUAUGUUAUUGCGCAAAAUCUGGGCGCAUUCAUGGGUGCAUUGUCAACAUUCAUCACAUACUACGAUGCUAUCAACAGUUUUGACAAUGGAACGCGCCACGUAUCGGGCCCACGUUCAACGGCUCAUAUCUUCGCUACAUAUCCUCAACCUCAUCUUGGUACUUUUAACGCCAUUGUCGAUCAGGUGCUGGGUACGGCGGUACUUUGCAUGGGAAUCGCAGCUAUCACCGAUCGUCGGAAUCGAAUUCCAACGUUUCUUCAACCAGCAUUUAUGGGCACUCUGCUAGCCGCUAUCGGAAUGUCGUACUCUUUGAAUGCAGCUUAUGCAAUUAAUCCUGCUCGAGACUUCGCCCCACGGCUCUUAACUCUGUGCGUUGGAUAUGGUUGGAGAGUGUUUAGCUACCGUAAUUAUAAAUGGUUUUGGAUUCCCAUAUUUUGCCCGAUGCUCGGCGGUCUAUUGGGAGCUUGGGCAUAUCACUUCUUUAUUGGAUUCCACCUGCCUGAAGAUUCAGAAGACAAAUAUGCUCAAAAGAUUCUUAACGAUCGCAACCCAGAAGAUCAACUCCGGGAGAUCCAUAUUAUGGAAAAGAAACCUAUCAGUGAAGUACCGUCAAAACCCACUAACAAAACGUCAGAGGCUCCUACGCAAUAUCGACAUAUGUAAAUUCCGCCGCAAUCGAUAACGAUCGAUGUGCAUGCAUACAUAAUAAUCGCAACGAUAAUCAUCUUCUCUAUGUGAACACCGCUAUUGGAUACUGUUUGUGCCCAAGCUAAAAUUAAGCGACGCUUAAGCGUUGUUCCGUAAAAGCAUUGUUAUUUUUUUUAUCGCAACUAACUAGUAGCAAGUAUACUGGUAGUUGCUUUUCUUGUUGAUCUGCGAGUUUAGCCAAUUAUAGGUCUUCGAUAGCACUCUAGUCACGACUGAUUUGUGUAUUAAUGAACAAUCACC